AUGGAGUAUUGCAGUAACACACUCUUAAGUGAUGUUACUGACGACGAGGAUGGCCGACAUUUUGUGCCCGAUCCUCAUGCAGAUCUGCCAGUCUACCUCACAAUUCAUCGGAUUCGUCGACUCAUCAUGGCCACCAUAGAUGACCCGUACACAUCAGAACAACUCAGAGAUCCGCAGAUGAAUAUGCUGAUAGUGAGGCCUCUGGUCGAUCGACUAUAUAACUCAGAAGAUGUGUCAGUGGUUUACUGUCUGCUAGUGAACCGCACACAGUUCUUGCGGGAGCAAAGUUACCAAGGUCAUCUUCAGACGGUCAGCAUUACUCGCGCUACCCUCUGCGAGAUCCUGGCCAGUCGAGUUCUGCGACGAUUUGAUGAAGACAACCCUGGCCUGGUCGGACUGCUCUUACUUGCCAACAUUUUGGUGGCGGGAUUCGAACCUUUCCAAAAUGCACCUGAAGAGGUCAGAAGACGAAAUCCCAGUGCGCUGCAGUGGCCAGUGCAGAAACGCGGGGGCUACGAGCGGAAAAUUACGGCGCUGGAAGUCGCCAUUAUCUCCGAAAGCAAGGCCUUCCUGAGCUCGUCGGCAUGCCAAAAGGUGGUGGAUGCCGUCUAUCGCGGGCAAGUUAUCUACACACCGCUUUCAUUUGUCGAUAUCAUCCCCGAUCAUUACAAGCACAACCCGAUUGCGUUGUAUAGUCCUUGGAAGGCGCCCAUCUUGAAUCACUACCGACUGAUAGUGCCGCGGCUGCGCAACAUUAUUGAAGUGUGCCAGUUCGCUGUUCUAUUGCUUCUCUAUGGGCUUACCAUGUUUUACCGUGAUGAGAACAAGGUAACCAUCCACGAAAUGGUCUUCUGUGCUUAUGCGAGCGGAUGGAUACUUGAGGAGUGCGCAGCCAUCAUAGAGCACGGAUGGUACGUGCAUACGCAGAAUAUCUGGUCUUUCCUCGACAUCGCAUUCUUCCUCAUCUACUCGAUCUAUGUCACCCUGCGAGUGUACGCCGCGGUUGUUGCCGAUGCUAAUCUUGCCGCAAAUGCACUGGAUAUUUUAUCCGUCGCAGCGCCUGUGCUUCUGCCGCGGCUGGCGUUCAACCUUAUGCCAGACAACUUGCUAUUCAUCUCGCUGCGGGCGAUGAUGAGAGAUUUCACUGUGCUGACCCUGCUAGCCACAUGGUGUUUUGCCGGCUUCUUCCUGUCCAUGAAAUGGCUGCAUGGUACCAGUCCCGAACAAGGUCGCGAUUCGCCUGGUUCGGCUACCAUUUCUAAAUGGAUGCUCUGGAUUUGGUUCGGGCUGGAUGGCACUGGAUUCGAGCGUUCAGCCGACUUCCAUAUCUUCCUCGGACCAGCGCUAAUGAUUGCAUUUGCCUUUCUCGGCAACACGCUCUUCCUCACCAUCUUGGUGUCCAUGCUCACAAACACAUUCUCAAAGAUAGUGGAAAACGCAACCGCAGAGGUCCAUUUCCGCCGUGCGGUGCUAACUUUCGAAGGAGUCAAGAGUGACGCAAUCUUCGCCUAUCGGCCCCCGUUGAAUAUCCUAGCCGUAGUAGUUCUACUACCUCUCAAGUUCGUCAUCUCGCCCCGCUGGUUUCACAAAGUGAAUGUAUGCGCGGUGCGACUUUUUAACGCCCCUCUACUCCUGGCCAUCAGCCUCUACGAACGGCACCAGCUGUGGCGCACUCGCAAGGAUGAGCCCCAAAUCCCAUACAAACGGAGCUCACUCUUUCGGUGGACGUUCUCUGGAUUCUCUCCUCAUGGUGACAUCCAAGCUGUGUUCGAUAUGGAACCUCCAAGGAACAUAUUGGAGGAGAGCACUCUGAUAUGA